GCGAGGCCGGAAGUGCGCAGGCAAUGCUCGCGGCGGCGGCGACGGCGGCGGGAGGUUCGGUUGUCGCCCGUUGGCCGCGCGGCGCCGCGCUCGGCGGCCGCCAUUGCAGAUACCACAGAUCCUCCCUCUCUUUCCUCUUCCUGCCCCUCCAGCCUUCGCCCUGACAACCCACCUCACUUUUUCAGUUGCUUUUUUAAAGAAGGAAGGCUCAUGGUGCAAAUUGUUAUUUCCAGUACGGGGGCUGGAGGCCUGGCAGAAUGGGUGCUGAUGGAACUACAGGGGGAGAUCGAGGCUCGCUACAGCACCGGAUUAGCUGGAAACCUCCUGGGAGACCUACAUUACACCACUGAGGGAAUCCCUGUGCUGAUCGUGGGGCAUCAUAUCCUGUAUGGGAAAAUCAUCCACCUGGAGAAACCUUUUGCAGUCCUUGUCAAACACACUCCUGGGGAGCAGGACUGUGAUGAGCUUGGUCAAGAGACUGGCACUCGGUACUUGGUGACAGCACUCAUCAAAAACAAGAUUCUUUUCAAAACUCGCCCUAAGCCUAUUAUCACCAACGUUCCCAAGAAAGUAUGA